AAACAAUCGCAACUUCGCUGAGCUUUUAUGCACUGAAAUGGUUGAUAAUAACUUUCAGCCUCAAAACCCCUUUGGUUUAAUCUAAAUCGGAAGAUGGAUGUUCAAUUGAAGAGAUACAGACACGGAUCUGGUCGUGUAUAAAACAUCGAGAGAAAAUAAAAACCAUCGUAUUCCGGAUAGCAAAAUGAACGUGGUGCAAGCUUUUGUUGUCUCUUCGAUAUGUCUGGCUGGCGCUUGUGCCAUGAUGUCUUGGGAAAUUCCCGAUGACGUCAUGAGUCAUGUGACUGUUGAGAUGGAUUUGGAAUGGAUAGAAUACAAGAAGGUACACAACAAGACAUAUGAAACCGCUAAGGAAGAGGUUGUCAGGCGUUUGUACUGGGAGGACACUUUGCGGUUCAUUCGAGACCACAACCUCCGCUAUGACAGGGGAGAAGUGACGUACACAGUCGGAGAGAAUCAGUUCGCAGACAUGGCGGAAGACGAGUUCGAGAAGACGAUGCUCCGGGGUCUGAUCGUACCCGAAGAGGGAGUGGAAGCUUACCCGGAAGCUCUCACAGAGCCCGACCCUAAUGCCGAUCUGGAAAUCGAUUGGAGACAGCGAGGGGUGGUGACACCCGUAAAAUCACAGGGCGUGUGUGGCUCAUGCUGGGCAUUCUCCGCCCUCGGUUCACUAGAGUCGAUGAUGAUUAAGAACCGUGGUAGGACAACCGAUCUGUCCGAGCAGGAUCUCGUGGACUGCGCAAACAGAAACUAUGGAAACUGGGGCUGCAGAGGAGGCUGGAUGAACAACGCGUUCAACUACAUCCGCAAUGCCAAGGGGGUUAAUACCGAACAGUGUUAUCCGUAUUCUGGUUCUGACAACCGUUGCAGACACAGGAAAGAUUGCAUUGGGGCCUCAAUUAGCGGACACCAGAACGUCGGCAAGUCCGAGCAUUCCCUGGCCAGCUCCUUAUCCAGUGUAGGACCAAUCACAGUGGCAGCUGACUGCAGCGACCGAGGCUUCAUGUACUACAGAAACGGGGUUUAUUACAACCGCAACUGCAACGGCAACGUUCCUAACCACGCCAUGCUUUCUGUUGGUUACGGAAACUCCUCUGGAAAGUACUGGAUCAUUAAAAACAGUUGGGGAACAACGUGGGGUGACAAAGGGUACGUCUUCAUGGCCAAGGACAAGGGCGACACCUGUGGGCUGAGCAAAUUUGCAAGCUAUCCGACACUGUAAAUGGUCAAGUCAGCUGCAACAUUAUAAUAACUCUACAAUCAGCUAUACUCUAAUAUAUAAGUGUUAUAGUUUGUGUACGGACUUAUAUAUACUUGUUUAUAUAGUUUAUAUUCAUCGUGUUAUGUAUGAUAUGCAAGCAGGGUUUUCGAUACAUCAGUUUUUAUUACCUGCAUAAUAUUGUAAGGCAAAUAUUUCACUGGUAUAAUGCUCGUUACAUUUACUUAGUUGACGCAGUUUAUAAUACCAACAUUUGAACUUUUGCUUACAUGGAAAAUUCGUAAUGCGUUGUUUAUUUUUCUUAAACGGUGUAUUGCUUUUAGGCAAAUGUAUGAUAUGGAUGAUAACAUACUAGUUUGUGUACUUUUAACCAACAAACAGUUAUCACUUCAAACGCAAGUGUUAUUUUAUUAACGUAAAUGUACGCCAGAUCCUUUGCUGUAACGCAUCUUUUUUAUAUUUAAUUAAACAAUAAAAAUAUGAUAAACAUUAACAGAUUUCUGACACAGUAUUCGAACCAAUGAGGUGUAAAAUUGUAAAAAUGAUCCAACGUGAAUUUAUGCAUACAUUGACAGUUGAGGAUACAAUGAAUAUUAGCUUCGUUUUGAAUAACGCAGAACGUUGCGCUAUAAAUUCACAACCAGCUAAGCUACUCUGUAAAUAGACACUUUAUGUUGUGUUUCUUGCAUAAAAGUAUUAAAAUGUUUCAUGCAAA